AUGAGUGACGAUGAAAAUGAGGAUUUUCAGGUCGAAGGACCGGAACUAGCAGAGGAUGACCCCAUAAGAGCCUUUUUACCAACAUCAUUUGGCAAGAAGUCGAAAGAGGCAGACGUAGCCGCGCAAAUCAAUAGAACGAAGCGACCAGCAGAUAAGAAAGCUGAUGCACCAACAGUAACUGAGGAAGUUAGGCAACAGAAGCUCGCGCCAGAGCCAGAGCCAGAGCCAGAGCCAGCGUCUAAGGAUUGGGGUUCUGAUGAAGACGAUGGUGAGGAUUCAGAUAGCGAUGGGGGAUCCGACGACGAUGAUGAGUUUCCAGCUUCUCAUGAGUUGGUACUCAAGACGCAUGACCGCGCGGUUACCACUAUGACUCUUGAUCCUUCGGGUUCAAGACUGAUAACUGGUUCUAAUGAUUGUACGCUCAAGUUUCAUGAUUUCGCUUCUAUGACACCUACGACUCUCCGAUCAUUCAAAAGCGUGGACCCAAAUUAUUCGAAGACAUCAGCAAACUCCGAAACGCAUCCUAUAAACCAUGUUGAGUUCAAUCCACAUGCCGGGGGAACAUUUCUCUGUAUAUCGGCUCAUCCGCAAGCGAAAUUAAUGAAUAGAGAUGGGGAUGUCAUCGGGGAGUUCGUGAAAGGAGAUAUGUAUCUGAGGGAUAUGAAUAACACGAAAGGGCACAUUUCGGAAAUUACCACGGGUACGUGGAGUCCGAUUGAUAAGAAUAUCUGUGUCACAGCCGGUACGGAUAGCACUUUACGAAUAUGGGAUGUAAAUCUUAGGAGAUGUCAAAAGGAGGUUAUCGUUCAUAAAUCCAAAGCAUCAGGAUCAGCAGGAAGGACUAGAAUGACCGCAGUGGUAUGGGGGAGUCCAGCCCAAGGUGGAAACAAUCUGCUUGUAUCUGCAGCGCUGGAUGGAAGUCUUGUGAUGUGGAGCGGCAAUGGACCUUACGCCCGGCCGACGGGUGAAAUUAGGGAAGCCCAUACCCCAAAUACUUGGACGGGUGGUGUUGAUAUUAGUCCUGAUGGACGAAUGGUUGUUACUCGAGGUGGUGACAAUUUGAUCAAACUCUGGGAUACUCGAAAGUUCAAAACUCCUGUUGUGACGGUUUCCCAUCCUUCAACAUCAGACGUCUAUUCCGUCACUAACAUCAAAUAUUCACCGAAUGGCUCCAAUAUCAUCACUGGCUCCGAAUCAGGUCAUCUUCAUAUUCUAAACUCGGGAAAUCUCAGACCAGAGCUCGUGACUCCCGUGACUGCUGGAUCUCCUCUGAUCACAGUUCAGUGGCAUCCAAAACUUAACCAAAUUAUUACUGGAUCGGCGAAUUCUGAAGUCCAUGUUCUCUACAACCCGAAUACAUCAGUCCGGGGUGCUGUUGACGUAAUGUCUCGUGCACCCAAGAAGCGCCAUGUCGACGAUGACCCCAACUUUACAACAGAUCAGUCAACUGGCAUGUCAGGGGACAGUAUCGUCACUCCAGGCGGCCUUAUGUCUAAUACAUCGGCUACAUCUUUUGCCGCAAGGCAUCCUACCGUUGGCUUGACAGCUUCUGGUCGUUCUCGCGAUCCACGUCGACCUAAUUUGCCAUUGGUCACACCAUUUGCGAAAAGUCAACCAGACGAGAAACAUAUUAAUGAGAGUAUCACACUGAGUAGCAUGCGUGAUGAAGAUCCUAGGGAAGCAUUAUUGAAAUAUGCCGAGCUUGCUAAGACCGAUCCACUAUUUACGAAUGCCUGGAAACAGACCCAACCAACAACUCAGUAUGCUGAAGUGAGCGAUGAAGAAGAUGAAGGGCCAGAUAAGAAAAAGGUGAAGAGAUAA